UGGAGACGCAGCGCAGGGAAGCCAGCGCAGGGAACCCGUCGGCAUGACCGAAAGCCUGACUCUUCCCCCUCUGACCUGUGCAGGGAGGAGGCAGGACAUUCGGGGGAUCUCGGCCCUGUCCUGGGACUCCAGACAUGACCUUUACGGGAACUACAUCUGUCACACGUUUCAGGGGGGAUCGUGGGCAGACAGGUCCCCACUCCAUGAGGCUGCUUUCCAAGGACGGCUGCUCUCCCUCCACACACUAAUUGCACAGGGCUUUAAUGUGAAUAUCGCCACUAUGGACAGAGUGACGCCCCUUCAUGAAGCCUGCCUGGGGGGUCAUGUGACUUGUGCCAAGUUGUUACUGGAACACGGGGCCAAUGUGAACGCUGUAACAAUCAAUGGCGCCACUCCGCUCUUUAACGCCUGCGUUAGCGGAAGCACUGCCUGCGUGAACCUGCUGCUGCAGUACCGCCCCACGCCUGACCCCGCCCACCUGGUGGCCUCGCCCCUGCAUGAAGCCGCAAGGAGAGGUCAUAGGGAAUGUAUGGAGAUUUUAAUCGCCCACGGAGCAAACAUUGACCUGGAAAUAUCACAGCUGGGAACUCCCCUCUAUGCCGCCUGCGUUGGCCAAAGACCAGACUGUGUGGAGAAACUCCUGCAGAUAGGAGCUGAUGUCCACCGCGGGAGGGCCCGGGACAGUCCCCUGCAUGCUGCUGCCCAGCGGCCCAGCGUGAGGGUGGUGGAGCUGCUGAUGGAGUAUGGGGCAGAUGUGGGGAGAAGGAACUCUGAGGGGAGAAGGCCAGUGGAACUGGCAGAACAUUGCAGCCCUGUAGAGAGGGCACUGCGGCUGAGAGAGGGUCCCUCUGCGCUCUCCCAGCUGUGCCGUCUCUGUGUUCGCCGGUCUUUAGGACGGUCACGUCUCCACACGGUGCCCAAUCUCCCCCUACCCCAUCUGCUCAGGGACUUUCUGCUGUACAGAUGA